UUCAUCAACGUCAGCAUACACAAACACACACACAAAUAGUUCUUCCAUUUUCACUGAACCUCUCUUCCUCAGCCCCCCCCCCCCCCAACAACCCCCCCCCCACUUCCCCCUUUUCUUGUUUUUCUCUAUUCUCACCAUUUUCUUGGCUUUUUUUUCCACCUUUAAUUUCCAGAAUUUGAAGAAUUUUGAACUUUCUUGAAAUUGGAGAUUCUAAUAUUAAUGAAAAAAUUGAUAUUAAUUUUAAUUAGUAUAUAAAUGGAGAACUCUGCUGCUGCAUCUGAGGAACCCCAGAAGAAAAGACCUCAUCUGAAUUCUGCUGUUUUCUCCUCACCCACUACUAUGGCUAGACAUUCCAAAGCUUCUUCUGAUAACAAAGCUGUUGAUGCUGCAGUUCUCCAGUAUCAAAAUCAGAAACUAGUACAACAGUUAGAUGCACAGAAACAUAAGUUGCAUGAUCUAGAAGCCAAAAUGAAAGAAUUAAGGGACAAACAAGCUUCUUAUGAUGACUUCUUGGUUACAUUAAAUCGGAUCUGGAAUCAGCUAGAUGAUGAUUUAAUUCUCCUUGGGGCACGCAGCGGGGCAGAUCAAAUUGGUUUGCAAAGCUUGGAUCAUCAAGAUUAUUCUGGAGGUUCAAUUCCAUCAUGUCCUGCGGAGGAGAUAUUCCUGUGUAGGGUGUUGAAAACCAACACCAUUCCAAGCAAUGCCAAUGAUGGAUCCGCUGUGAAUAUCAAAGAAGCUCUUGAUCUGCGUCACUCUUCUACUCUUGAAUUGAUGAAAUCAUUGGAAAAUGCUAUUGAUGCUGAGCGACUUAAAACCGAAAAUUUUGCUCGUCUUUUGGAAAGAAAGUCAUCUGCAGAAGAUGCUAUCAUUCUUCUCAGUAAGAUUGAUGAUAUGAUGAAAGAAGAGGCUAAUUAUCUCCAUCGUGUGAUUGAUGUUCUUCAUUUGAAACACAAAGAAUAUGCUGAUGCAAUUGAAGCUUGUAAUCAAAGCCAGUCAGUGGAUCGAUCUGAGUUAAAACGUCUUGAAGGUGAGCUGGAGGAGAGCAUGACAGAACUUGAAGAUAGUAGAAGGAAGCUAGUUACUUUGAAAAUGCAGAAAAAUGUGGCAUCUGGGGGGCAGGAAACAAUUUCAAGUGCAGUUAAUGGUAGUAUGUCACCUGAGAAACAUACAGACCGAACGAAAGGCGUGCGGGAACUGAAGGAGUCUAUAGAAGAGGCAAAGAUACUGAAAGAGGACCGCCUCUCUGAGCUUCAAGAUGCCCAGGAAGACGAUCUACAUUUGUUAAAGCAGUUGCAAGAUCUUCAGAAUGAACUGAAGGACGAUAGAUAUGUGUCUUCAUCUCGUGCUUAUACCUUAUGCAAUGAUCAACUUCACCAUUGGAAUUCUGAGGCAGAGCGAUACAAAGCUCUGGCGGACUCUCUUCAGGCUGACAGGUCUUUUAUCACACGAAGAGAGAAAGAACUGGUUGUAAAAGCAGAGGCUGUGGAUGCAGCAAAGAAAGCAGUUGAUAACUCCGAGUCAAGGAUUGAGGAAUUGGAGCAUCGCAUUUACAGAUUGAUAACUGAAAAAAAUGAGCAGGAAAUCAAAAUGGAAGAAGCUAUUCAAGAUUCAGGAAGGGAAGACAUUAAAAAGGAGUUUCAGAUAAUGGGCUCUGCUUUAUCAAAAGAAAUAGGAAUGAUGGAAGCUCAGCUGAAUCGCUGGAAGGAGACAGCUCAAGAAGCUGUUUCUUUACGUGAAGAAAGACGGGCAUUGGAAGCUUCGUCAGGAAGAAAGGCUAUUGAGCACAGAAACCUGAUCAGUAAAUGUGCUCACCAGACUGGGGAGAUCCGAACACUUAAGGAACUUGCUGAGAAGAUGCAGAGGGACAAACAAGAACUUCAAAUCUACUUGGACAUGCUUGGCCAGCAAAUUUAUGAUAACAGAGACAUAUCUGAAAUAAGAGAAUCCGAGAAAAGAGCUCACUCGCAAGCUGAAAUUUUGAGAACUGCUCUGAAUGAACAUGAUCUUGAAUUGAGAGUGAAAGCUGCUAAUGAAUCUGAGGCUGCUUGUGAGCAGAGGCUUUCUGCUGCUGAGGCAGAAAUUGCAGAACUAAGGGCAGAACUGGAUGCUUCCGACAGGGGUGUUUUAGAGCUAAGAGAGGCGAUAAAAAUAAAAGAAGGGGAGGCUGAAACCUAUAUUUCUGAGAUUGAGACUAUUGGUCAAGCCUAUGAGGACAUGCAGACGCAGAAUCAACAUCUUCUCCAGCAGCUGGCGGAGAGGGAUGAUUAUCAUAUAAAGUUAGUUUCUGAGAGCGUGAAGAUAAAGCAGGAGCAAAGCUUGCUUCUCUCUCGGAAGCAGGUAUUAACAGAACAACUUCAACAGUCUAAAACAUCACUUGAAUCUCUGAAAAUGAGGAUAGCUCAAAGUGAAGACCAGAUGAAAGGUCACAUUACAGAAGCGUUAAGUUAUACCCAAAAAGAUAGACAUCUUGCACUCACCCUGGAAAUCGUAAAGCGGGAAUUGGGAGAUGCUGAUAAGGAAUUGAAGUGGCUGAGAUCUGCUGCUUCCUCCUCUGAGAAGGAAUACGAACAGCUCCAGAGAAAGCUGGAUGAGAUUCAGAUGGAACGGGAAACUGAAAGGAGUGAGAAAAAGAAGCUUGAUGAAGAGCUAGUGGAGUUGAAUAAUACCGUUGAUGAGCUGACUUCUGCAAGUGGGGAGGCUGCAGUGCAAAGACUGCAAGAUGAAAUCAAUGAUUCCAAGACUAUUCUCAAAUGUGGAGUGUGUCUUGAUCGGCCAAAAGAGGUAGUAAUCACAAAAUGUUAUCAUCUCUUCUGCAAUCCAUGCAUCCAGAGAAAUUUAGAGAUCCGUCAUCGCAAGUGUCCUGCUUGUGGAACUGCUUUUGGGCAAAGCGACGUUCGUUUUGUGAAAAUCUGACCAAAACUCAAUCAGCAGCUUUGCUAAACAUGUACAUUUAGUGCGUUCUCUGAGGGUGUCGUUCCAUAAGCCUGUUAGGUGGUUAUUUUUGCCCUUUCCCCUCUUUCUUUUGAAUUGGGGUGCACCCAUUUUUUUCUUUCUCCACCUCUUUACUCAACUUCCCUUUGUAGUCUUUUUUUUUGCCGCCUCACUUCUUUCUGUAGUCUUUUAAUUCUGCUUUCAAUUGUAUUUGUAGUGGCAAACAGUGUAAAGUUUUAUCUUGUAGUAUUUACUUUGGAAGCAUCUUUUAUGAGAUUAUUAGAGAAAAUAUUAGUUAUUUGUUUUCUUUUUUGGCAGGCUUCUAUGUUCCCA